AUGAUCUCCAAAAAUAAGACACAAACAGAAAGCGAAGAGGAAGAAGAUAUAGUGGAGGCUGGAAAGGGAACUGAUGUGCCAAAUGAUAACAUACCAAAGUCUAUAGCUAACAUCUCAUCGCCAUUAAGAAAAUCCAAUAUUAGUCCACAAAUAUCUGAAUCAAUGAGUCCUAAUCGACAUAUUGGACCCAAAUUAAAGGAUCCGAUUGAAUAUCUAAAGGAUGGCAACGAUAUUCCUAGUAAAUACCUACAACUCAAAUGGAUAGUAAGAACAUUGUGGCCACGAGCCAAGAAGCAGGAAAGGGUUGUAAGGGUUUGGUCAGCAAAAGACAUGCGAACGUAUGCAGUGUUGACUCAAAAUGUUUUCGGUUCGGCCGUCACAGCAAUCGAUCUCUCACUUCAGGAUUCAAAAGCGACGAAAUCUAUAAAUUGUGUCGACUUUCUACCGGACCACAGCUUACUGACCGGUGACACCACCGGGACUCUGACUAUUUGGGCGCCUCUGGAGGACGAGAACGGAAUACUAGAAUUUGUGGUCAAAGAAGUCAAAGGUCAUGACAAAUCUCUGACAUGCCUUCAGUUAUUGCAAAAUAACAUAUUAAUAAGCGGUGAUAUUGAGGGCACUGUCAAAACUUGGGAUGUCAACGAUGAACAGUUUAGACUUUUGAAUGCCAUCAAAUUACCACCUACCAGUGGAGCUAUUAGUGCCAUAACAAGAGUUUAUUUGCCCGAAGCGGAUAACGAUACCAUUGAGAUAUAUAUCGGCACUACAAUGAAUUUUAUUCUCAGGGGGUCUGCACUUCAGGCCACUAACUAUACUAGUCAAUGUAUCUCAGCAGCUGUUCACCCGAGUGGUCAGGUAUUAGCCAUCGGUUCAGUUUCGGGAACUAUAUUUAUAAUGAAUACAAGCGAUGGAAACAUUGUGUCUCAACUGCCUGUAUCUCAAGUAUGCGUCGGAUGUCUGGCAUAUUCACCUGAUGGCGAUCUAUUAGCCGGUGGCUGUCAGGAUGGAGUACUUUAUAUAUUACCAGUUCUUGAUAACGGAUAUUCUUAUGAAAAAGUUUCCGUUUUAAGGGGCCCUUUUGCUAUACUGAGUCUUCAAUGGUCUAUUGAUAGCCAAUUCAUUCUUACGUCAGUUAACGAGAGCAUUUGGGACAACCUAUAUCUGCAGGAUGUGGUGAACCUGAGCUGUCACUGUUCCCCGAGUACUAAAUAUGUGGUCAGUGGUGACGAAGACGGAGUUUUGAGACUUUUUUCUUAUCCCUGCUCUGACUCUAAGGCGGCUUUCUUCGAGUAUAGACAGGGAGGCGGGAGUGUGACUGAAUGUACGCUGGCUAGUACUCAGGGUGAGAUCCGGGUGGGGCCCAGCCAUCAGGCGAGGCUUCCAGACUGUCAACUGGAUGUGAUGCCCAAAGAGAUGCCUGAGAAGUGUGAGGCUCUGGAGGAGCUGCGAUGGGCUCCCGGAGUGGCCGACUGUGAUCUCAUGAUGUACUUGAGGGCCGCCAGGAGUAUGGCUGCCUUCGCCGGCAUGUGUGACGGCGGCUCUGCUGAAGACGGAUGUCUCGCCGCUUCCAAAGACGACACCACUAUUAAUGCACUCGAAUUGCUCCACGAAAGCAAUUACGACACGGGAAGAGCACUACAGGCUUUGGUUAAGAAUCCAAUUCCUAAACCCAUCGAUAAAAAGUGGUCCGAAGAAGAACAGAAACGGUUUGUGAAAGGGUUGCGACAAUACGGCAAGAAUUUCUUUAAAAUCCGAAGAGAAUUGCUGUCACAUAAAGAAACGGCCGAUUUGGUUGAGUUCUACUACUUGUGGAAGAAGACGCCUCAGGCGGCCUCCACUCGACCCCAUCGACGGCAUCGGAGAUGUGUUUUGCGAAGAAUACGGUCCUCUUCUACAGCAGGCGUCGGCAAUACAAACCGAAACUCAAACUUAAAUGUGGCGCCGAGUAAUGAGUUCUUGGAUAUGAGUAGUGCAAGCGGUGAAGAGGAAGACUCGGAUGACUCUGAUUCUCGAGAGAUUACGGCCACUGUUUGUUGCAAUUGCUUCACCACUACAUCGAAGGAAUGGCACCCGAAUGGUGGCAAUGGCAUCAAUAAUGACAAAACUUCGUUAUGCAAUGAAUGCAAGAUAUAUCAGAAAAAAUUUGGUGAAUUGCCUAAACACCAAACACCGCAACCAACACCAAACCCAAACCCAACACCACUGGCCACUCCACAACCGCUCCCAUCGCCGACCCAACAAUCCGUUCAAUUUCUCUUCAAACCAGUGGUUAAGUCCGAAGACGAGAACUGUCUCAUUGCUAACGGAAAGCAUAAUAUGAGGACUCGAAGGAGUAAAGAGAAGAACUCUAAGGACUUGAAUCGAAGUAAUUCUAAAUCUUCGGAACCUAAUAGUCCUGAAAGAGUGGAUUCUGUGACCAAUAAAAGUGACGAAAAGUCUCCAAAUAGUUGUUCGGAUAACGACAAAACCACUACUGAAUUGACCGCAAAGAAGCGAAGUCUUUCUGAAGCGACGGAAUUCGAUGAAUUGAGUGCCGACUCGACGACCAAUAAGCGUAAGAAAACGGAUGAAAGCGGACGAAACAGUCCAUCGUUUUCAAGUGAAAGUAAUCCUAUUGUGUCUAAUGAUGACAAUGUCAUCAACUCUAAUGAAGACCAAUACCCGGUGAGCAUGAAUUCACCGCAUUCUCCCAUAUCUCCAGCGCCCAACUCUGCUUCCAACGAACAAAACGAGAAGACUUUAGAGAGCAGUGAAAGGGUUGAGCCGAUUGUGAGUGAAGAAGUGUCACAAAAAGAGCCGGAAGACGAUAAGACCAGAAUCGCUCAAAUGAGCGAAAGCGACAAAAUUGAUGACAAAACACUUCAUAGAAGUCAAAGUCCUUAUAAUGAGCAGAAAUCGCCUGCAGAACAGUUAAUUACACCCAAACUCGAGCCGCCGUCGUCUCCAAAAUCGCCGGUCAAUUACCCGACAUCACCGACACAUCACUCCAAUAGUACUGAUAACAUAUGUCCGGUGCCUUCAAAUCAAAAGUUAACCAUUAGUUCGACGCCUCCUUUAAUGCGAAUCAAAGAAGAGCUAAAUUAUGCGAAAUCUCCGCCACAAGUAAUGGGUGCCAUCGAUGGCAGUUCGGCCAUCAAUGAGCGUAUGUUUCCUUUUAUGGGCUCUCAAUCUUUGGGUCCACUUCCCAAUCGAAUGUCGAGUUCGCCGACUCCUCACCACUCGGUAUCCGAACUCUCAUCCAAUGAUAAGACAAAAGAAACGAUUCAUUCGAGUGAUACCCCCUUUGCUCCCAAAGCCCCAAAAGAUGGCUCGUCUUCUUCCAAACGUUCAUUCUCUCCAUUAGUGAGCUCUGCAUUAGAAUUGCCUAAUAUUCCACUCCCUGUCACUUCUGGCAUGUCUUCCAUAUCGAGUUCGGAACCAUUGUUUCAAUCUUCAUAUAUGACUCCCACUGAGCAAAGACUCCCAGCAGUGACUGCAUCACCACAUCAUCACAACAAUCAUUUCAUUGGCAUUCAAAGUCAGCACAAUCUGUCGUCACCGACACUUUCGCCCCAUCUCUUGCCACCAUCGAUGCCUCCCAUGUCUCCAUACUUCCCCACCUCUUGGUCUCCAUACGCAGCCCGUUGUCUACCGUCUCAUCCGUUAGGCUUUCCGAGCUCUCCAUUUGCGCCACAAAUGAUGGGCGUCCCCUCACAAAUGCCGGUCCAACACAAUCGCGAUAUUCCGGUCUCCAAAUCCAAAUCUCCAAUCACUUCACAGUCCAGUCGGAUAUCACACUCUCCCUCGCAGUACACCUCUUCAAACGUAUCCAAACUCGACAAUAAGUAUGACUUGAAUUCGAUGCACAACCGCGACGUUGACAGACAUGAUAGACAUGACAGACAUCGUGAGCACGAAGAGGAAGAGUUAGAGCCGACCCCUAUAUUAUCGCGAGGACCGAGUCCUGAGCCUAAGAUCGAAGACAGCGAAUGCCAUCGAAGCCAGUCAGCCAUAUUUCUGCGGCAUUGGAAUCGUGGUGACUAUAAUUCGUGCGCUCGAACUGACCUCACUUUCAAACCGGUUCCCGACUCACAGUUGGCCCGAAAACGAGAGGAAAGGGCGCGAAAGGCAGCCGAGAAGGAGAGAGAGGAGCAGAAAAAAAUAGCGGCCGAAAAGGCGCUGUCAUUAGAACUGAAGUCCGGACUAAUGAAUCACUCAAACCUGGAAAACACUCAUUUGAGUCCAAUUGGAAGGCAUACUCCGCGUAAUUACACCGACACCCCAGCUCUGAGACAGUUGAGUGAAUACGCUCGGCCUCACGCGGCCUUCUCUCCAGUCUAUUCCCACCCAUCCAUUCACGGAAUGGUCGGCACGACAUCCAAUGUGCCCCUCAGUAUGCACGGAGGGCCCGGUGCAACGCCCUCUCAAAUCGAUCAGUUAUUGCAAUUCCAAAUCGCUUCUGGACUCUACGGCAAUGCAAGGGAUCGAAUGGCAGAAGCAGAGGAACGGGAGAAAAGGGAGAGACAUCAUCUGAUGGAAAAACAACGAGAAUUGAAGGAAAUUGAAAUGAAGACACGAAUAGCUUCUCAGGGGUCGGCCACACCUAUUCCUUCUGGUAAUCUAUUGGACCCGCAUUGGCUAGAACUUCAGCGCCGGUAUUCCUCACAACUUCAUUCAAACCCGAACGCAUCGAAUAAUCCGGGAAACGGAUCGCCAUUUGUUUUCUACUCACCCGGAGAGAGACAGGCAGCCGAACAAAUGCACGGUUUGUCGGCCAGCGAUCGUAUGCACGCCGAUAGGUUAGCCCUCGCCAACGCUGACCCGCUCUAUAGGUUGCAAAUGGCAGGACUCGCACAAGAGCUACACUCUCACGCCCACAAUCACGCUCACGCCCACCAACACACACACCUUCACGUACACCCGGGUCACGACGCUGUCUCGGCUGCUGCUGUGGCUGCGGCCGCCUCUUUAGGUCACCCCUCUUCUCAGUUCGACCCACAGAUCCAUUCAAACCAUCCAUUACUGCCCUCUAACUCAUACCCAUCCCGUCCCCCCAGUAUAAUGUCUCGCAAUGAAAUGCAAUCGUCGGCUCUGUUUCGGCCCUCAUUUGACGAACAGUUGGCUCAUCAGUUCUCAGCACAAGCCCUACAUCACGAACAGCUCCAAAGGCAGCUAUUUAUAGAGAGGGAACGUAUGGUUGCGGCUCAUCUGAGUGCGGCCGCGGGUUCCCAACUCUCACACCCACAUCCCUCACAAAUACUGGCCCAACACGAGGCAGACUUCUUGCGUCAACAACAACGCGAACGUGAAAUGAAACUCCGAUCCCUUGAAGAGGCGGCUAGAGGUGGUCGACCCCCUCUCAGCUAAUCAUGCGAUUUCAAUGGUUCUUCGUUUCACUUUUCAAUUCUAUUUAAUUUAAUAAUUAGAAAGUUUUUAGAUUUUAUUAAAGUAUUUGUAAAUAAUUUUAUAAUAUAUUAUCAAUAAUGAAUGC